UCGAGGCUGCAGAGAAACUGCUGCCGCGCUUCUGGGACUUCGGUGUAGAGGUUGGGACGCGUUUGUAGGUCAGUUCUUGGGGUCUAAUCAUUUCUACCCCCGCCCCACUCACCCCUCCUCCUCCGGCCCCUUGCCCACAACUCCCACUCCCUGCGGCGUUUUCUUCUCAAACUUUGAGGCAUGGUUGCCGGAGAGGGCGCCGAGUCCAGCGAUGCCGAGACGGGGAUGGCCGGCUCUCCUCCCCAGCUGGGUCUGCGGACCGAACCGGCUUGGUGCAAGACUCCCAGCGGUCACAUCAAGCGGCCGAUGAACGCGUUCAUGGUGUGGUCCCAGAUCGAGAGGAGGAAGAUUAUGGAGCAGUCGCCGGACAUGCACAACGCGGAGAUCUCCAAGCGCCUGGGAAAGCGUUGGAAAGCCCUGGACGACAGCGAGAAAAUCCCAUUUAUCCGAGAGGCGGAGAGACUCCGGCUCAAACACAUGGCCGAUUAUCCGGACUACAAAUAUCGACCCAGGAAGAAAGGCAAGGGAAGCGCCAUCGCCAAGAUGCUGAGCAAGAAGGUGGCAUCGGCGAGGAAUGGCUUAGCCGGCAAAAAGCAGAGGGCCAGAGGUGCCAAGGGGGCGUGGAAGCCCAAGAGGAGCGGCUCCGUCCGGCCGCUGGCAGAGGACGUGGAGGAGAUCGACCCUGCCGACGGAUUGAUGGAAAUCCGCCUCGCCCACCAGAGUCAACCAAGGAAACCACGGCCACCCUGGGAAGGGGUCUUCGGUGAAGAUCCCGACUACUGCCUCGCAUCUGAGCUGCCCGGGGCUGACCCCGCGGUCGCCGACACCGUGACUGGGGAGCGACGAGACGCGAGGGCGUGCGAACGCCCCAGGGAAGCCGCCCGUUCCCCUUCGCCCACCUCCAGCAGAUCCGGCUCCUGCUCGCUCGCCUCGUCGUCCUCGUCUGAUGAGGAGCUGGAAGACGAGAUCCUGAACAUUAUCGCCAGCGCCAACUUUGAGAGCUUGCCCCUGGACACACUGGACUCUCUGUCACUGGACAGGGACGUGGACGGUUCCCUCACGAACUCAGCAUCCCACUUCGAGUUCCCGGACUACUGUACUCCAGAAGUUAACGAGAUGAUUUCUGGAGACUGGCUUGUCUCCAGCGUUUCCGAUCUGGUAUUUACCUACUAAAUGUCUCUACGGAGAUUGUAAAAAAUCAUUUUGCCUUUUAAAAGAACAUAAUUCCUCUUAAAACUCACACAAAGCAAAAAAUAAGAUUUAAACCAGCAAUUUCACCGUGCAUUUUUCUAUAUUUUAAAUCGCAUUUUCCUGGAUUUUUUUAACAUGUUAAAAUCGCCUCUAAAUAACCCCACCCUUAUCCCGGAGUAAAUCAAAUUGAUGCAUUUUUAAAAAUAUUCUGUACUUUUUUUGUCCACUAGACAAUAACGCCAGUGCCGUGGUCGGGAUAUCGAUAAUGCACACACCUGCCUUUUAUAGUUGGGCAGUAAUUUUUGUUUGUGUGUGUGUAUGUGAUAUGUAACUCUUUUAGCUUUGAUUGCCGGUCUACAGUUCCAAGGGAGAGAAACAGUUUUACGAAGAACCAUGUGUUUUCGUGGUUUCACGGCGGAUUUUUAAACAGUUUUUUUUAAACUGUGGGUUUAAUAAUUUUUUUACACAAAAAAAUCUGGAAUACUCAGGACAAUUUGCACGCGUGGGGAACCGAGGACUGACAGUCGCUUUGCAAGUUCAAACCGUGGCGUGGAGUGCUUUGCGAGCAAGUGGGCUGGGCAUUUUCUUUGAACCUGACCGUCUCCUGGGAAUCUGGGUUUGAGAUAACAUGCAUGUCGUGUUUGAGGCCAGCUCGCAGCUGCCUUGAUAGUGUUUCGGCGUGGAGAGACUUUCAAUUUGCCAGCUGGUUGGAUUGACAAUCUUGUCUUGGAGCGCGGAGAACCCUGCUGGGUCCUAGCGAGCGCAGUGCUCUCGCCGAUCAAACCCUGAUGGGACAAGGGCGAUGAGAGAGGAAAGUGGAGGAGUGUGUUUAAUAUACAUUUUUAAAAAUCACAGUUCUUUCUUUUUAAAAGAGUUUUAGUUUUUAGAAACCGUCUUUGUGCUAUUGAUGCGUUCUAUUAGCGCAAACCAUCCACGUUUCGACUGACUUGCCAUUUCACUGUUCUCGUGUGUAUAUUGCACCCUCGCUGUGUUCGUUGCAUUAUGCCUUGGACCAGGAAAGCCGGGGGAGAUUUCAUACCAGAACCAUGGGCUGGCUGGGGGCGGACAGAGAGAUGGAACUGGAGUCAGAUUCAAAGCACCAAAGGUGUGGGCAGAGGUCUUGCAGCGCCCGCGCAGCUUAAUCUCUCGGGUCUCUGGGUGGGCUUGGGUACACGGUACUGCUGGUCUAAUGAAAUCUUACAGAAAUCCAAGAAAAUGAAAAGGACCAAUCUGGCGUCAAUAGUAGAGGUAGGCAGCCUAGGGGGGAGUGUGGGGGAAGGGUAAACUUGACAUCAUUGGUUGAAGGGUCAGAGAGGGAAGGGUUAAAAAGAGCAUUUUUUCACCCAGACUUGAGGUAUGGAUCUCAAACUCCGUAUCUGAAAGGGUGAUGAAGGCAGAAACCUUCGUCUCGUUUGAACAGUGCUAGGAGGGUAAGUGUGUGACCAGUUUUGAGCCACAGAGUGGACUUGCAUUGGACAUCUUCCAGAGACAUUGGGGGCAGAGUGGCUGGCUCCAGUAUCCUCAGUUGCUUAAAACCUGCUUCUGGUCUGGAAUACUUGAUUGGGAAGGUCAGACUGAUGUGCAUUUUACCAGGUGUGUUGGUCUACAAUUAAAGGG